GGAGGCAGCGCUUCCGCCAGGACGUGGGUGGUCUUUUUAGUAUCUUCCGGACUGGGGUUUUUUUCAACACGUGACCAGGACGUGCCAUCUCACCUAUAAUCUUUUUCACAAUGGCUGGAGUCUGCUUGUAGCUUCCAUGAAGUGUCAUGUGCUUUGCUUUAUUGCCCAUGGUCUCCAGGAUGCAACGCCACCAUUUGCUAGCUCUAAAGACUCACAAAAUGCAUUUGCAUGUCGUGAGGACGUAUUGUUCGCCGGCCUCCAAAAGGCCUGAAGCAACCGCAGUGAUGGAAAUGGCUACCCAUUUUCUUCUUCGCCUGUCAGAAGCUGGGAAGGUUUUCGGAAGGAAAACCUUUCAGCGAAUCUCUACAACUGCCCAGAACUGGUGGGACAGAUACGAAGACUUUGUGGGGCUCAGCGAAGUCCGAGAGGCCCAGGGGAAAGUGACCGAGGCUGAAAAGAGGUUUAUGGUGGCUCGUGGGAUUGUAAGAGAAGCUCGUGAAACUUGGGAGGCCCAGCAGCAAAAACUGAAGGAAAUUCGAGACCGUUUAGACCGAGUGGCACGUGAUGACACUCAGUACCUGGAGCUGGCAACAUUGGAGCAUAAGUUAUUGCAGGAAGAGAAGAGGUACCGAAGCACCUAUCUUGCUGCUGAGGAAUCUGAGCGGGAAUCGUUCUCUCUCUUCUCAGCCGCUGUCAGGGAAAGUCAUGAAAAAGAGCGGGCAAGAGCAGAGAAAACGAAGAACUGGUCCAUUAUUGGCUCAGUAUUGGGAGCCGUAAUCGGUGUCCUGGGUUCCACUUACAUCAACCGAGUGAGGCUGCAGGAGUUAAAAGCCUUGGUGUUUGAAGCACAAAAGGGACCAAUAAGCCUUCAGGAAGCCAUCAGAGAACAGGCCUCCAACUAUAAUUCCCAACAGAGAGAUCUAAGCGAUCUCAUUGCUAACUUGAAGAACAUGCUACAGGUGGUGACUGUGACGUCACAGGAAAUGGAAGGAGCUUCCCCGGCCAAAGGCAGCAUGAAUGCAUCCCUAAAAAUAGACCCUCUCUUAGUUUCCAUUAAGGAGCAGCUGAGCCACUCCAAACAAAUAAGCUCAUUCGUUGGAAGCUUGCAGGAGCAACUCGGCAACCUGGAAAAAAGUUUAGAGCAGAUCACCGCGGAGGUGCGGAAUGUAAAGACUGUGCCUGAUCCUGCACCUGGGGAGAAAAUGUUUCUUAGCCCUCCAACCGAGGGGAGCGGCCACACCUUGGAAGCAGAAGACGUGGUUCUCGAACUCUGUAACACGGAAAGGAGGCUGGAAGCCCAAAUGAAGAAGAACUCAAUCUACAGCACAGCCUUCACCUGUACGAUGUUUGCUAUCACGCUUCCCGUGCUCUAUGUCCUGCUCAAGGGGAAUUAGUUUGCAGCUCAGUGGGGGGGGGGGGGAAAUAGUUCGGCUAGAGUGAUAGAAUGUCAGCCCUUGAGCACUGAUGGCUUCUUUUUUUUGUACUACUUUCUAAAUGCAUUUUUGUGAAGUUGCAAGAGAAGCUGGAGGUGCCUGCAAAUGUAGUACAUUAAAAAUGCAAAUAACGCCUCUAUCAGGCCUUGAACCUGGAAUGGCUUGUGGGAUUUUUUACAAAUCUUUUGUUGAUUCCUCUUUAAUUUUUAUUUCAUUUCAUUUUAGAGUUUUAUCCGUACCUCUCACCUCACCGGUGCUUGCAUUUCCUUUGGACCCUUUCUUUAGAGCUUGAUUUGUUUGCCUUCAUGCCCUCCAGUUCCAUAAUGAAGGGAGAAAGUGGUCCUAAGAGCCACUCCUGGAAAAAGAAAUCCUGCUUUAUGUGCCUUUAAAGGACAAAAUAAGCAGGAGUUCAGAUUUCUCAGA